AUGAGUGUUGAAAUGGAAACCUGCCCCGCCUCUGCGCCUUUCUUUGGCUUUAUGGGAGUGACUAGUGCUUUGGUGUUUGCCAAUAUUGGUGCCGCCUACGGAACAGCCAAGUCUGGUGUUGGUAUUUCCUCUAUGGGAGUGAUGAAUCCUGGACUUGUUAUGCGUAACAUCAUUCCAGUAGUCAUGGCUGGUGUGUUGGGAAUCUACGGUCUGAUUGUGGCUGUCAUCAUUCAAGGUUCUAUUGUGGCUCCUCAAAAUGGAUUGAGUCAAUACAGUCUCUACACUGGAUUUGCACACUUGGCUGCUGGGCUUUGCUGUGGACUGUCAGGACUCGCUGCUGGUAUGGCGAUUGGAAUUGUAGGAGAUGCUGGUGUACGAGCAGUUGGACAACAAGAGAAGCUCUUUGUUGGUAUGAUCCUUAUCCUCAUUUUCGCGGAAGCCUUGGGUUUGUAUGGUCUGAUUGUGGCAUUGAUCCUCUCCCAGAACUCAUUCGUCUGCGAAGGAAACAACUAA